CCUUGGCUUGCAGCAUCUCUGUUUGUCUGCCCUGCCCUUCAGGCCCUGCUGCCAGGGAGAUGCCCCUGGGCAGUGCCCUGUGCUGGGAGGGGUCUGCAGGGCAGAGCUGAGCCCCCAGGGCUGGGCUGGGCUCUGGCAGCACUGGCAAGGACAAGGCUUGGAUAGAGAGAAACAGCUCCCAGUAGGCACAACUCCAGGCAGCAGAGAGCCAGAACAACCCUUGGAUAUCCCUUCCUGUUCAGGUGCACAGGGAAAGAGAGAAGAGUUUAGAGAGAUUGACUUUGAAACUAUACCCUUUAAAAACUCCACUUCUUUUUUUCUUUUUUAAAAUGCAUUUUAAGUGCAAUCACUCUGAAAUAGAGGGAGGUGUGAUGACCAAAGGACACCUGUAUGCGAUGCAGCAGGUCUGACUGCACUGGGGCGCAGGGACCCCUGUUUUCCCUCUGGUCUCCCCAGUGUUCAACUGAGAGCAAUGCUGAAGAGGAAAAAGCAACUCAACAACACAAACUCAAACUGAAAAAUCUUUAGGAAAGAACCCUCACAUGAAGAGAAGUAAUUUUGAGGGGAUUCCAAAUAAAAUACAUAGGACUGACUCAAAGAAGUUUUUCUCAGCUUGUCAAUGUCUUCUUUCAAAAGUGCACGAUGCCCAGAGUAAAGAAAUGUCCAACAGCAGCUCCAUCAGCCACUUCCUCCUGCUGGCACUGGCAGACACGCGGCAGCUGCAGCUCCUGCACUUCUGCCUCUUCCUCGGCAUCUCCCUGGCUGCCCUCCUGGGCAACGGCCUCAUCAUCAGCGCCGUAGCCUGCGGCCACCACCUGCACACGCCCAUGUUCUUCUUCCUGCUCAACCUGGCCCUCAGCGACCUGGGCUCCAUCUGCACCACUGUCCCCAAAGCCAUGCACAAUUCCCUCUGGGACACCAGGGACAUCUCCUACUCAGGAUGUGCUGCACAGUUAUUUAUGCUUGUCUUCUUCCUUGGAUCAGAGCUUGCCCUCCUGACCGUCAUGUGCUACGAUCGCUACGUGUCCAUCUGCAAACCCCUGCACUACGGGGCCCUCCUGGGCAGCAGAGCUUGUGCCCACAUGGCAGCAGCUGCCUGGGCCAGUGGCCUUCUCAAUGCUCUGCUGCUCACGGCCAAUACAUUUUCCCUGCCCCUGUGCCGUGGCAAUGCCCUGGGCCAGUUCUUCUGUGAAAUCCCACAGGUCCUCAAGCUCUCCUGCUCGCACUCCAGCCUCAGAAAACUGGGGGUUCUUGCUGUUAGUGCCUGUUUAGCUUUUGGCUGUUUAUUGUUCAUGGUUUUCUCCUAUGUGCAGAUCUUCAGGGCCGUGCUGAGGAUCCCCUCUGAGCAGGGACGGCACAAAGCCUUUUCCACCUGCCUCCCUCACCUGGUUGUGCUCUCCCUGUUCCUCAGCACUGGCACAUUUUCCCACCUGAAGCCGCCCUCCAUCUCCUCCCCAUCCCUGGAUCUGACCCUGUCAGUUCUGUACUCGGUGGUGCCUCCAGCCCUGAACCCCCUCAUCUACAGCCUGAGGAACCAGGAGCUCAAGGCUGCAGUGUGGAGACUGAUGACUGAAUGCUUUCAGAAACACUAA